CGGUCCGGCCCCGUCCCGCCGCCCGCCAGCCAGCCAUGAGCUCCACGCAGUUCAACAAGGGCCCCUCCUACGGGCUGUCGGCCGAGGUCAAGAACCGGCUCCUGUCCAAACAUGACCCUCAGAAGGAGGCAGAGCUCCGCACCUGGAUCAAGGGACUCACCGGCCUCUCCAUCGGCCCCGACUUCCAAAAGGGCUUGAAGGACGGAACUAUCUUAUGCACACUCAUGAACAAGCUACAGCCGGGCUCCGUCCCCAAGAUCAACCGCUCCAUGCAGAACUGGCACCAGCUAGAAAACCUGUCCAACUUCAUCAAGGCCAUGGUCAGCUACGGCAUGAACCCCGUGGACCUGUUCGAGGCCAACGACCUGUUUGAGAGUGGGAACAUGACACAGGUGCAGGUGUCUCUUCUCACCCUGGCGGGGAAGGCCAAGACUAAGGGGCUGCAGAGCGGGGUGGACAUCGGCGUCAAGUACUCGGAGAAGCAGGAGCGGAAUUUCGACGACGCCACCAUGAAGGCCGGCCAGUGUGUCAUCGGGCUGCAGAUGGGCACCAACAAAUGCGCCAGCCAGUCGGGCAUGACCGCGUACGGCACGAGGAGGCAUCUCUAUGACCCCAAGAACCAUAUCCUGCCCCCCAUGGACCACUCGACCAUCAGCCUCCAGAUGGGCACAAACAAGUGUGCGAGCCAGGUGGGCAUGACGGCUCCCGGGACGCGGCGGCACAUCUAUGACACCAAGCUGGGAACCGACAAGUGUGACAACUCCUCCAUGUCCCUGCAGAUGGGCUACACGCAGGGCGCCAACCAGAGCGGCCAGGUCUUAGGCCUGGGCCGACAGAUAUAUGACCCCAAGUACUGCCCGCAAGGCACAGUGGCCGAUUGGGCUCCCUCAGGCGCCGGCGACUGCCCGGACCCGGGGGAGGUCCCUGAAUAUCCCCCUUACUACCAGGAGGAGGCCAGCUACUGAGGCUCCCAGCACGCUCUCUUCCCACAUCAUCUCCCUGUCUGGGUUUCUGGGUUUUUCUGUGUUUUCAUCUUUGCUUUUUUUCUUAGCUGGUUCAGUGCUGCCAAUCAACCAAGGGUCUGUGAGUGGCAGCGUGGGAUCAGGCAGCAGAGCUUUUUUCCCCUUUGCUUUGGUCCUUCGCAGGGCUGAGCCACCGGGCUGUGGGGGAGGGAGGUCAAGGCCAUAUCCCGAUAAUGUGUAGGGCGUGUAGGGCGAGGGUCCCUGCUGACACGUUCAGGCUGUGCUGCGGAGAAGAGACUAACCGGUUCCCAAAGGUUUCUGGUUGCCUCGCCUCUUCCCCCUUUUGUCAGCUGAGCAGUUUGUCGUUUCUCUGCAAGUUUCAGGAAGUCUUCACAAAAGAAAAAUACGUUUUGUUUUUUAUUCCUGAGGAAUGGGGCAGGGACAGUGGAGAAGGUGCUGGGAAAUCAGUCACCUGGGAAAGGGGGCCCUGCCAUGAUGCUAAAUAUCUCCGGCUCCCAAGUGACUGGAUUUCCCCAGGACCAACAGACCUCAGACCCUCAUAUCUGCCCCCGGGGCCAGGUGGGGAAAGUGAAGGCCGUACAGGGAAGUGAAAUUCUGAGAUGUUGGGGCUAAGCCUGAUCCCCUCUCCAUGCUACCCUCCCCCAACCCACUCUGGCCUCAGUAGGUUUUGUUUUAGUUGUGGCUGUCACCCAGGCUAGAGUGCAGU